ACUUCCGCUGAGUCGGAGAGAUGUCGGAUAACAUGUACUGUUCGCGGUUGUACAUAUAACCGGACUAAACUAAUUCAGUGGCUUAAACGUGAGUGUUUUGAACAUAAGCCUAAAACUAAAUCACAGCGUUCCUGCUAAAUCUUGAAUGACUGUAAACUGUUGAGCGUCCCAUCCCGCUUGUUUACUUCGAACCGGAAGACACUCCCACUUUUGACGCAAGGACUCAUGGGCCGUACGAAACUUGUGCAUGGUUUGUCUUGGGUUUAAAUAUCUGCACAGCACCUCAAUGGAGCCCGAUAAAGACAUCCAGACAACUCAAAGAGGAUUUCACUGUAACCUCUGCAAUGUUAACAUACCCAACAAACCAAGUCUGGAGGAUCAUGUUAAAGGAAAGAAACAUCAACACCUGCUGCGACUCCGAGCUCAGAGGAAAGCUCAGGAGGACAACAGCGUGUUUGUCAGUGGUUUUAAACCGGACACCUCUCCGACUGAUAUCAAGGAGUAUUUCACAAAGUUUGGACCGGUGUCAGAUGUGAUCAUGGACAAGCAGAAGGGUGUCUAUGCUAUCGUCGAGUUCUCCGAUCCGCAGGACGCCCAGAAGACUCUGGCAGAACUUCAGCAUCAGCUCAGUGGACUCAAGCUCCGCGUCAAGCCCAGAGAGAAGAAAGAGUUCAAACUGACCAGCAGAGGGAAACAAGACUCCAAACAUCAGAUCAGCCUGGACAAACUCAACUGUGAGCUCUGCAAGGCUUCAUCUGUAAAUGAGCAGUUGCAGGUGGCCAUGGAGAGUUUUGAGCUGAAAGAGAACGAGAAGAAAGUGAGAGAUCUUCUGGUUCAGCUGCUACAGGAAGUCUUCACCGAAUUCUUUCCAGAUUGUCUGGUUGUACCAUUCGGCUCUUCUGUGAACACAUUUGGAAUUCACUCGUGUGACCUCGAUCUGUUCCUGGACCUGGAGAACACCAAAGUCUUUCAGGCCCGUUCAAAGGCAUCUGAUCCGCCAGCAGGAGAGAAUCCGUCCGAGGACGGACGUUCUGAGGACUCUAUUCUCUCAGACAUCGAUCUGUCCACAGCCACCCCUCUGGAAAUUUUAGACCUGGUGGCCGCCAUUUUGAGGAAGUGCGUUCCAGGCGUCCACAAAGUGCAGACGCUCGGCUCUGCCCGACUUCCGGUUGUCAAGUUCAGUCAUCGAGAACUCAACCUCCAAGGGGACAUCACCAUCAACAACAGAUUGGCUGUAAGAAACACUCGAUAUCUGCAGUUGUGUUCUGGGGUCGACUCUAGGCUACGACCUCUAGUCUACACUUUGCGGUUAUGGGCCAAACAGAAACAGUUAGCAGGAAACACGUCUGGCCCUGGACCGUUGUUGAACAAUUACGCUCUUACCCUGCUGGUGAUCUUCUACCUUCAGAAUCGAGAGCCUCCUGUUCUGCCUUCUGUGAACCAGCUCAAAGACAUGGCCUGUGAGGAAGAAGAGUGUGUUAUUGAGGAAUGGGAUUGUACUUUCCCAAGUCAACCUUUUAGUGUUCCACCCAGCAAAAACACUGAAGACCUGUGCACCUUGCUUUUUGGUUUCUUCACCUUCUACUCAAAGUUUGAUUUCUCUGCUUCAGUGGUGUCUCUGAGAGACGGCCGUGCACUGCCCAUCACCGACUUUCUCCACAGAGACGAGGAAAUGAAAACCACAGCAGAGGCCUCUUGUCCCAAACCAAAGUCUUCCUCUGCCCCUAAACUGGGCCCUAUGAAUGUCUUGGACCCUUUUGAGCAAAACCACAAUGUGGCCGGAAACAUUAAUGAGCGAACUCAAAUGAACUUCAAGAGAGAAUGCUGUGACGCUGAGAAAUACUGCCGCAGUUUACAAUACCAGCGCAAAUCGGCCAAAGGCAAAUCCUGGGGUCUCAUGAGACUCUUUGCGCCGCCCAGUGAAGCUAGACCUCGUUCACAGGCCGGGACUGAGAAGAUUAUGGAGGUCAGCAUCCCUUUUAAACCAGACGUUCUGCCUGGACCCUUGCGGUCCCAACUGGCAUUGGCAGGGGAGGCCUUUAGGGGUCUCUGGUUUGCAAAAGUCUGCUCUGCGGUGCAGGCGGUCUUUAAUGACGUUUUAAAAUGCUCACCCUCACAGCAGAGUCAAGAGACAACCACGUGUCAAGGUCAAGACAAAGCAGAAGAGGUGAAUAAUAACCAAAGCAUUGAAGAUGUCGAUCCACCAACCAAAGGUCAAUCCGGUAAGAAGAGACCUCUCACGACAGAGGAGGGUCCAACGUCAUCCACCUGCAUACAAGUUAAAAGACAGAGACUUGAUGUUGAUAUGGAGCACCCAGAGCCAGUUCACUGGAGCUGGACACAACGACAUCAGGUGUGGGCUGGGCGACGGAAAGUCCGGAGAGAUCUUUUGAAGACCAGCGAUGAGACAUCUAAACCUGAAGGUGGCUGCGUUGACAUUGAGAGCAGGGUGACGCAGAGCAUUGUGGAAAAAGAGCAGGAACUUCAGGAUUUGUUGGAAUUUAAGGUGGAUGCGGAGGUUGUUGGCGGUAAUGAAAACACCAAAGUUAACCUCCGGUUUAACCCCAGCCAGGAUAAGGAAGGCCUCUUUCGAGAUUUCUUUCAUUUCCUAGAGUCCUUCCUUCCCAAGAUGACAGAAACCCUUUUAGGGAAAACAGAGAAUCUUACAGAAAUGUCAUGAGUUUUUUGUUUUGAAUUAAACCGUGUGAUAUGUAUGCGUUAAUUGAGUUUUGUGAUAAACUUAUAUGUAAGAAAAUAAAAUAUUUGUUUUUCUGAUUUAAAGUUUUGAAGAUGUUACAUGUUUAAGUUCUCCGUUACAUGGUUUCUAGCAAUUACUUAUUUUUUUCUCCUAAUAAUGUUUUUCCUCUACAAUGUAAAUAUAAAGAAUGUAAACCACAUUAAAAUCAUAAAAUGAAAAA